UCAAAAACCCUCACACACCUUCAGUCCACCACCACCCCGCCAUCUUCAUUCUUCACAGCUCCGUCCGUGCCACUACCAUCUUCACAGCUCUAUGGACAUCGACUUCCAAGACCUCGACGGUCCAUCCAAGGCACCACCCACAAAAACCGGCAAAUUCGCCCCUAAAAACUCCAAAUUCAAACCUGUAGCUAAGCCAAAGCUCGAGCCAGAACCACUACCAGUACCGAUUUCACCCGCGGUCCCGAAAAUCGAGCCAGAUGAUUCAAAACCACCUCUGGUUAACUCAACCGCCGAAACCGAAAAACCGGCUGUAGAUGCUAAUGGUAGUCUCAAAACUGAUACUGAUGAUCACAUGUUUAUGGAAAUAGAUAAUGAUAAUCAUAUAGAACAAGAAGAUGAAGAGGAUAUAGUUGUUCGAGAAAUCGACGUUUUCUAUAAUUCGUCUCUUGAUUCCAAUUCUAAGCUAUGUGUAUGGCAAUAUCCUCUAAGACCAAUUUGGAGGCCUUAUGAACUAGAAGAGCGAUGUGAGACGGUUAGGGUGAAUCAAGAGACUGCGGACGUUGAGGUCGAAAUGUCUGUGCAAGUUGAUUCCGAGAAUUUUGAUGCUGCUGCUAAUGAUGACAGAGCAAUGACAAAGCAGGUAUUAUCAUCUGCUUGGCAGCCACCGACAACAACUCGUUAUGCCGUAGGACUUCUGAUGGGAAAUGAGUUGCACCUCAACCAUGUCCAUGCAGCUGUGCAGCUCCGGCCGUCAAUGCAACACCUUAAGCAUGAGCACCCAUCAAAGAAGUUGAAUACAACUCGUGAUGAGGACAUUGUCGCUUCCUUGGACAUCAAGCAUGAAAAAGCUACAAAGCAAUCCAAGCCACAGAGCAAGGUACCAGGAGCUGUGAAUGAGCAAAGUGCUGAUACUAAAGAGCAGUGGAUUCCCCUCAAGUAUCAUGGUGAAGCAAGUCAAAUGUCGCGUGGAUAUAUACAAAAGAUGGUAGCACAACAAGCCUCUGAAAUCCAAUUUUCGAUGACUCAGUCUGAUUAUAUCGACUCUUUGUGUCCCAUUACAAUUGACAAAACCAAACCCACAGGUCCAUCUCGAAGCACUUUGCUCAAACUUCCACUGGUUGAACGUUUUAAGACUCAGCUUCUUGAGGGGCCUCCAGUACAACGUUUUAAUGUUCUUAAACACAUAGCUCCGGAUCACAGUGAGGAAGAUAUUUUUAAAGUUCUGCAAGAAUAUGCUCAUUUAGUUCAAGGAUUGUGGAUUGCAAAAAGUACGCUGAGGUACGGAAAAAAUACGGGAAGGGAACUCCUAAUCCGAGAUUAUGUGCUGCUUCAAUUUAGCAAAAGUCAUAUCUUUCGCGAAAUGCAAUUACCUAAAUCAACUCAAUUCAGUGACGCUAUGAAAGGUGUAUUGGAUGAAUUUGCUGCAAGAAGAGAUUCCUGCAGGGAUUGGAAAUUUAAAGAAUCCCCUGAUGAUUCAUUUAUUAAAAAGUACUCCAAUAUUGCUGUCGAACAAAGAAAAAAUUGGGAUCGUGUAGAACCAAUUAUAAUUGGGAAAGUAAACCCUAAGAACUUAACACAUAGUAUUGGUGAUAGGCGCCCUGCAUCCAGUGCCAGUGAUGUUACACAAAGAACCACCACCAAUGUGCCACCUAGAAGAGUGAUGCAAGAUGAAACUCGAGAAGCAUUACCGAAGGCCCUUCAGAAACUUUUUCAAACAUACAAGGUUUGCAGCUUUAACCAAAUACGCCAAAGAUUGCGUGACAUGGCAGUCUCUGAAAAUACACUCCGGAAGGGUACUCGAGAAGCCAGAGUUGCUGCUGAAGCAGCAGAUGCUCCACAGGAGGAACUGCAAAAGGUCCUAAAUGAAGUUGCUGUUAACAUACAUGGGGUGUUUGUUUUAAGGUCAUCGGCAGAUCACCCUCAGUAUGAUGAAUUGAGGAAAAUUGUCAUCAACCUGUUGCUAGCUGAAGGACCUGAAGGUAAGCUCAAAAAGGCCUCCAUCUACGCAGCUGCAAACAUGCAGCUGAAACGGGAAAUAACUAGUGGCGAGUAUCAUAAGGUUUUAAAUGAUUUGUGUGUUUCAAAAAAUUCUGCAUGGGUUCUGAAGAGUGGGGAUGGUCCAACAUAAAGAUCUCUCUUUCUCAUUUGGUGCGGAUCUCAACCAUCUGAGCAUGUUAUCAGUGGUGCAUUUGGUCUUCAACAAAUUUCAUUCAAUUUUUUUGUGCACUAGUGGAAAUGAAGUAAAUAUGUUUUUUUGCUACUUAUAUGGUUAUCAAAAAUCCUACCACUAUAGCCUGUAACAAUCUAUUUAUGUUAAGAGUACAUGUAUUCAUGGUAGGUGACGGCAUGAUGCACUGCGUGCAUUUUAGUAGAAUCAGGAGAGAGAUGGAAAAUACCAUAAGUUCCCCGUUAUAGUUGGGAACUUAUUUCAAGGAAAAGAUGGGAAAAUAAUAAUAAUAAACUUGCGUUUUCAUACA